AUGCCCGAAGCCGAUAAGCGUGAAAACGAAGUUGUCGUCGAGCCAGCAGCUAAAAAGGCUCGUACUGAUACGUUCGAUAAAGGCCUCGCACCUAUCAAGCCUGAGUUUGUGGUGGAAAGUGUCAAGGUGGAGCAAGCCUAUGAUGAUGAGGAAGCUGAAGGUGGAGACAGAGGCCAGCAACAGGAAGGUUCCAAGAGGUCCAAGAAGAAUAGAGGACAGAAUAAGAAGAGAGAUCUUAAACAGCAGAAGGAGGAAGUGAGAUUGUGUUCGACUUUGGUGGACCCUUCUAACCCUAAAGAGUGCAAGUUUGGUGAUGAGAAGUGUAAGAACACACAUGAUAUUGAUUUUUACCUUCUGACGAAACCUGCUGAUAUUGAUGGUAAGUGUCCUGUUUAUGUUGCCAUCGGGUACUGUCCUGCUGGUUUGAAGUGUAGAUGGUUGAGCAGCCACUAUAACGCAGAAACCAAGGAGCUUCUGAAGACCGAGACCAAUUCGAAGAACUUUGAAAUCAACAAGAUCUCGCCUGACCAUAGAAUGGAUCUUCAGAAACAUCGUUACGUUUUCGAAAAGGCUAACCCAUAUAACAAGUACUUGGACUCUUUGGUCAAGAACGAGAGUAACGCUGCUAGACAGGAAGCAGAGAAGGAGGAUGCCACCAAAGAGAACGCUGCAUCUUACACUGAGCCUCCAUUCAAGCCGGCUGAAAAGAAGAGACUCAACCUUAACAGAGCCAAAAUUGUGUCUCCACUUACGACCGUGGGUAACUUGCCUUACCGUCGUUUGAUGAAGACUCUUGGUGCUGAUGUCACAUACAGUGAGAUGGCCCUUGCGCUUCCUUUGCUCCAAGGAACGAAACCUGAAUGGGCUUUGCCUAAGGCUCAUGUCUCUGAAUACCCUGGUUUUGGUGUUCAGUUGGCUGCAAACCACCAUCAGCAAGCCGCUAGAGCUGCUGAAGCCAUCUACAACGAAGCUCCACAUGUUUCGGAGCUCAACUUAAACUGUGGCUGUCCAAUUGACCUUCUUUACCGUCAAGGUCAAGGUUCAGCGCUUCUAGACCAACCAGCCAAGCUUGUUCGUAUUUUGAACGGUAUGAACGCUUGUUCUGGUGAUAUCCCAGUUACCUUUAAAAUCAGAACCGGUACUAAGGAUAACAAAAACACUGCCAUUUCGUUGGUCAACAGAGUCUUGAAAGAGACUGAUGUUGCAGCAGUAACAUUGCAUGGCCGCUCUAGACAGCAAAGAUACACGAGAGAGGCCGACUGGGACUACAUUGGAGAGGUUGCCAGAUCCGUAAAGAAAUUAAACGAAAAGAAACAGGAAGACAAAGAAUUGACAGACACACAGCCAACAUGGUUUAUUGGUAAUGGUGACUGUUUCACUCACGAGCAAUGGUACGAUGCUAUCAACACAGACGGUAUUGACUCUGUGAUGGUUGCAAGAGGUGCACUUAUCAAGCCAUGGAUCUUUGAGGAGAUCGAAGCUCAGCAGUACCUUGAUAAGCUGGCCAGUGAAAGACUCGAGCAUCUUCGUACAUUUGCCAAUUUCGCUGUUGAACAUUGGGGAUCUGACGAAUACGGUAUUGAGGUUGCAAGAAGGUUCCUCUGUGAGUUCAUUGGUUUCACCCACAGAUACAUUCCAGUUGGUAUCUUGGAGAAGCUCCCACCCAAAUUGAACCAGAGACCACCUAAGUGGCUUUGUGCCUAA